CGAAAGUUCUCUGAUGCUGUGCGGAACUAUCGAAAUGGUAGUAUAAUAAUAAUAUAUUGUGGCAAUAUCAUACAAAAUGAAGAAAGACUAAAAUGUUCAGUUGGAAUAAAAUGUGAUGUGGUCAAUAAGCAGUCAGCAAGAAUAAAAGAACUCUUACGCAUUGUAGCGAAAGUAUCAGAAUGCAACAUAUGCCAUGAAUUCUACAAUUGUGAAAAAGAGCUAACACUAGAGAAACAUCUCACACAUAUACAUCCAGAAGUAAUAAAAGAAAUACGCGAAAGAAUUAGACGUACAGAUGUAGCGCUAUAUUUUAUGUUCGACGUAGGAGAUUCUGAGGCAAGAUGCAUUAUUGACAAUUGCAUUAUCAAUAUAUUUGCCGGAAUAAACAGCUUAAGCGAACACUUGAACAACCACGGUAUAAUUGAAUGUAGAAAGGCUCUUAAAAAUGAAGAAGUACAACAAAGAAAUACAGAGCAAACGGAAUCACAAUCAACAGCCGCAAAGGACAAGACAAGUGAAAAUGUUAAUAGUCAACUGUUUGGUGCACAUUCGCAAGACACAGAAAAUAAUAAAGAAUUACCAUGGGGAAAUGUCUCUAACUUGGUAUGGCGAUAUUUCACACCAAACAAAAAACCUUAUGCAAAAUGCAAUAUUUGUGGUGUCAUUCGCGUAGGUAACAAAUUGUCUCAUUUGGAAUUGCAUCUAAUAAAUCACCAUUCAAAAAUAGUAGAUAAAAUACAGAGUAAAAUCAAAAAAGAAGUUAGAUACCUCAAACUCUCAUCAUAUUUUGAAUUCUACGAAGAACUUCUUCGAGCAAGAUGCAAUAUUAAUAAUUGUCAUUAUGGAAUCAAUCUAUUUUAUGGAACACAAAGUUUAAGACAUCACCUAUACAAGUAUCAUAAAAGUAUAUAUACUAAGAUUUCUCAACAAAUUCAAAGAUGUAAUGAUACAGAUGUAAUGACACAAGCUAAAGAAGGCAAUGUUGAUACAAACAUUAAUAAUCCGUGACUUGAUCUAAGCUGGCAAAUAUAAAACAUCAAAAAGCAUGAGAACGGUUCAAUUGUAACAAGCAUUACAAAGGCAAUGAAAACAUUUACCGUAUUUUGAACACAAUAAACAUCAUCAAUUCAUCAAGCACCAGCAGCAGGCGUAACCAUAACUUCGAUCUCUUAAAUGAGGUGGAAACACAAGCGCAUUUGAUAUAAUUAUUCGAUUUACAUUGUACGCAAUGGAGAAACAAUUUUACGAUUUAAAUAAUAAUUCUUUAUAAGUACACAAUUUAUUAUAAUACUCGUAUUAAUUACACUUAUUAAUUAUUUUAAUAUAAAUUACUUGUAUUUUUUAUAUGAAUGUACUCAUUUUUUCUAUAUCUCAUGUAAUAUGUGUAUUACAGUUGCAAGUAUCAUAUAUACAAUAUAAUUUUCAAGUUAUUUAGGAUUACUUAAUGUUUACUUAUAUCAAAUUAGUACGUUAAAUUACUUGAAUCUCAAUCUUCAAAAACAGAAUCUGCAAAUUUAUUUAAUUCGUGUUCUUACCAUCUACUCUUACAAAAAAACAAAAAAUUAUAAAACACGAUAAAUUUAUGUAAUCAGAGGUAAAAGAACUUGGAUGAAUUAAUGGAUUAUGAAGAUUUUGAGUUGAAAUAUCGCAAAUAAUGUCAUGAAAUUAUGUUUAUUACUGUAAUUCGAAUGUAUUUUUUAUUUUGUAAAAAAAAUAAUCAUUUUCAAGGCUCUCUCGUUAUAUUAUAAAUAUAACAUGUGACGUGUUGAAUAAAUUUUGUAGCAAUC